CAACUUCUUAUGAUUCAAAAUGUUUUAACUAAAUAAAUACUUAUAAAAUUUUCGCGAACACAAAAUUGCUUCUUUAGUCUUCAUGAUUCAAAAAUAUUUUUAUCUUAAUUCAUAGAUACUUUUUUUUAAGUUUUCUACAAAAUAUUUAGAAAAUGUCGGCGACAGCACUGGGGAUCAGCUGCCUGUUCAUGGUGGGCUACUGUGUGGCGGCCCAAAUCGCUCGGGUGGUCAGCCGGCGAUUGGUUACCCGGGAGGGCAUCGUUCCCAUCCUGAUAAACGAGGCUAUCGCCGCCGCCGAGCUGUGCUCCUGCUGCUUCGAGCUGAUUAUAGUGGCCGACAACUUUGGGGUGUCGAUGUACGCCGUCUGCCUGUUCCUGCUGACCAUCUGGUGGGGUCGUGUCUGGGGCGACGCCUCCGCCUGUCCGUACACGCACAUGGAGGACGUGGUGGAGGGACGCACCAGCUUCAAGGAGAUGGCGCUGCGCAGCUGGGCGGAGCUGAUGGGCGGCUGCUGUGUGUACCGGGUGGUGCAGUUCGUCUGGUGGCUGGAGCUGGCCGAGACCCAUCGCGGACGGGCCUUCGAGUCCUGCAACGCCGACCUGCAGGUCAGUCCAUAUGUGGGCGCUGCCAUUGAGGGCGUGGCCACGCUGCUCUGCCGUCUGGCCUCGAAGACAAUUAGCGAGAAGGAGCCGCGCUUCGGCAGCUACAUCGACUCCUUCAUCGGCACCAGCUUGGUGGUGGCAGCCUUUAACUUCUCCGGCGGCUACUUCAACCCGGUCCUGGCCACCGCCCUCAAGUGGGGUUGCCGCGGCCACACCCACCUGGAGCACAUCAUAGUCUACUGGAUUGGCGCCUGUGCCGGGGCGGUGCUCUCCAUUCCGGUCUUCAAGCUGUCCAUCGUUCGGCGCAUCCUGCUCGGCGAGGAAGCGGGCUCGAAGUCAAAGCAGGAAUAAGUCAGAAAGGAAGAACUCGUUUUUCAAAUACGGGUUCUUCUAUUUUGUGGUUUGGAGUUUAAGCCUCCUUAAUUCUAAAUUAAACCAAAAAGAUUACCCAAGAUAAUCGCUAUCUAUAAAUUAAUUAUGUUGCCAAAAAAUUCAAGAUAUCUUGUAUACUAAACUUGUUACUUAUGCAAUGCAACAAUCCCUUUUAUACUACGAGUAUCGGGUUGUUUAUAAUUUAUUAAUUAUUUUAGAUAAAGAUUGUGAAAUUGGAUAGAACUGUAUAAAUUAUGAAAUAUUUAUGUAAAUAUUAACUUAAAGCACUGCACAGCUUGUCUUGAAACAUCAUUUAGCCAAUUUUAGCAAUGUGUUGUUACUUCUAUUUAGAAACUAAAAAUAAAAGUUCAAAACUUUGACAAAGACAAUAAAAAAAACCCAAACACCUUA